AAAAGGGAUUUUGACUUCUCAGCAGAUGACAAAAGUCGCUGAUCACAAGAUAUAAUGCUAACAGAAUCUUUCUACCCGCCCUUUCCUUUUAUCAAUUGCUUAGAGAGACUGAUAUAGCCAAAUUUCCUUCACCACCAGCCAAAAUUGUCGGCCCAAUCUAUUUGUCGUACUAACGAUUCUCGAUCAUGCCCUCUUUCAGAUUGUUCGUAAGCAGUGACGAUCACACGAUUAACCAAAUUUUCAUAUCCCUUCCACAAUUGGGGCCACCUUUCAAUUUCAAAUGGGGCCAAGAUCUGUCUAUAAGGUGGACUUCGACUGUGGAAGUAAGAUCACUCCCGCGGCACUUUUGUUCCCAUGCAAACGAUCACGUAAUUUCACUAGUUGCUCUGUGGGACUCUGUCAGUUAG